AGGAAGUUGCACACAGCGCCUUUAUCAAAGAACAGCUGUUAGGGAGCUGGGCCAAAACAAAUUAGACUGUGAAAUGUAAUAAACUUGUCACCUCUGCAGGUUUGAUUCCACACCUUUGAAGCAGCAAGUACGACCGAGCUCAGAGAAGAGAGCAGGGACAAAGGUCCAUUUUUUGUCAGCAUGAAGAUCCGAGAAGGAACGAUCAUAAAUCAGGGGCAGCAGGAUGAGAUGGAGGUGUGGGGGUACCGACCCUGUUUGUGGAAAGUCAUCCUGGUGGGUGUUGGUGCCGUUUGCUCUGGUGGUCUCCUGCUGCUGCUGCUGUACUGGGUGCCUGAGUGGGGGGUCAAAGCCACCUGCACACCCACCUCACUGAAGGAGGCAAGCAGACUGCUUCUUAGGACCACGGAUGACUUUAGGCAGUGGUUUCGUGCCAAAGUACAUGUGAUAUGGGCUCCAGGGAAGACGCCUUUUGAUAGUCUGGAUCCGAUGUCCACAGCUCAGUUACGUGAUGGAGAUGAACACCCCAGCCUCAAGGAGAAUUAUGAGAAAUUCACUCAGAGAGAAUCUUUUAAGGUUCGGUCCUUCAACCACCACAGCAUCCAAUACUUCUGGAAUGAAGGGACACAUAACUUUGAACCAUACAAGGGCUUGGAGGAUACAAACGCGAGCUGUGCAGACAUUCACAGCAACCAUAGUUCUGGACUCACUAAAACCCUGCAGGACUACAGAGCUUUGUUUUUUGGCAAGAAUGAGAUUGACGUAAAAGUGCCGCCUUUACUCGAGAUCUUUAUGAAAGAGGUCAUGAAUCCGUUUUACAUCAUCCAGAUCGGCAGUUUUAUUCUGUGGACCUAUCAAGGCUACUACGAUUAUGCCUUUCUAAUUCUUACUAUGGCUAUUGUGUUAAUAGCCACCUCUCUGUACACCAUUAGAAAGAAUUAUAAGAGACUGCGUGACAUGGUGAUGGAGCACUCUAUGGUACAGGUUUCAGUGUGGCGAGGAAAUACAGACAUUGAACAGAUCAUGUCGACAGAUCUGGUGCCAGGUGACGUCAUCAAUAUUCCAGCAAACGGGAUGAUCAUGGCCUGUGACGCAGCGCUGAUGUGUGGCACCUGCACUGUUUCCGAAAGCAUGUUGACAGGGGAGAGUGUUCCAGUGACUAAGAGCAGUGUGCCAAGUUCAGAAAGGAUCUACGAUACAGAGGAAGACAAGCAACACACCCUCUUCUGCGGCACACAUGUUAUCCAGAGUCGUGCUGACAAACAGGUGAAGGCGGUUGUGGUCAGAACAGGUUUUAAUACCGUAAAGGGCCAGCUUGUGCGUGGCAUUCUGUACCCUAAACCCACCGACUUCAAACUGCAUCGCGACGCUAAGCAUUUCACGAUGGUGAUGGGGGUGGUGGCGGUGAUUGACUUCAUCUACGUCAUCGUUAUUGAUGUCAUAAACAAGGUUUCUAUUGAGGCCAUCAUCACUGAUUCUUUGAAUCUCGUAGCAGUCUGCAUUCCUCCAAUGUUACCUGUGACUCUGACCGUUGGGCUCGUGAACGCUCAGCGGCGCAUGAAGAAAACUGGCAUCUUUUGCAUCAGUCCACAGAGAAUUAACAUCUCUGGUCUGCUGAACCUGGUCUGCUUUGACAAGACGGGCACUUUGACCGAAGACAGUUUGCACCUGUGGGGUAUUCAGAGAGCUGAAGUUGGCACUUUUUCCCCCCCAGAGACUGAGGUAGCUACAGAGAGUCUAACGAAGACGUCGUUUGUCGCCGGCAUGGCUACCUGCCACUCACUGAUCAGCAUAAAGGACAAACUCUGUGGAGACCCUAUAGACCUCAACGUAUUCAGUGCCACUGGUUGGAUCCUCGAGGAGCCAAGAGAAGAACAGACUGCACUUUACGAUGUUCACAUUUCCACGAUAGUCCGACACCCGCAGCAAUGGGGGGAGUUUGGCAUCGUGCGUCAGCUUCCCUUCUCCUCAGCGCUGCAGAGGAUGAGUGUGGUGGUCAGACAACUGGGACAAAAACACUUUGACAUCUACCUGAAAGGAGCCCCAGAGACUGUGGUUAACCUCUGCAAGCCGCACACAGUCCCUCAGAGUUUCACAGACACGUUGGAGACUUACACCCGGCAGGGUUUCAGGGUUAUAGCCCUGGCGCAUCACCAACUGGAGUCCAAACUCUCGUGGCAAGAAGUCCAAAAUCUCAGUCGAGAGCAGUUAGAGACCAACAUGGACUUCCUAGGCUUGAUCGUCAUGCAGAACAAAAUCAAAGAACAGACUGCUGGGGUGUUGCUUGACUUGCGACAAGCCAAUAUUCGGACUUUGAUGGUCACAGGUGACAACAUGUCGACAGCAAUAUCGGUGGCUCGAGACUGUGGGAUGGUUCAAGCCCACGAGGACAUUAUUAUUGCUGAUGCUGUGCCUCCAAACGAGGAGAACCCUGCGAGUAUCACAUGGCGCUACUCUGACAACCAUGUUGUGAACAACAAUCAGACUGCUGAGGUCAGCUUUGCUGGGGAUGGGUUGAAGGACAAGGAGAAGGAGCCAGGCUAUCACUUUGCUGUAAGCGGCCAAGCCUUCGCUGUCAUCAAACAACACUUUCCAGAACUUUCCCAGAAGUUCCUCCUGAGAGCCACUGUGUUCGCCCGCAUGACCCCAGACCUGAAGACUCAGCUGGUGGAAGUCCUUCAAAACAUCGAUUACAUGGUGGGGAUGUGUGGAGAUGGCGCUAAUGACUGUGGGGCCCUGAAGAAAGCGCACAGUGGAAUCUCUCUGUCUGAACUCGAGGCCUCGGUGGCUUCUCCCUUCACGUCGUCCAUCCCGAACAUCUCCUGCGUAACCACCCUCAUUAGGGAGGGCCGUGCGGCUCUUAUCACAUCCUUCUCUCUGUUCAAAUUCGUGGCCCUCUUCAGCAUCAUCCAGUUCUGCAGUGUCAAUCUUCUCAUCUCAAUUCCCAGCUGGUUUGGAAACCUUCAGUUUGUGUUUAUCGACUACGGCAUUUGUUUAUUCCUUCCCUUCACAAUGAGUCUGAACCCCGCGUGGAAGAAACUGGUGCGACGUACCCCGCCAUCCAGUUUGAUCACCGCCCAGAUGCUCUUCUCACUUUUGUCUCAGGUCUUCAACGUCGCGCUCUUCCAGUUCGGGGCCUUUUUCCUAGUACGACAACAGAGUUGGUAUCAUACGCUUAACCCAAAGGUCUGCAAUGAGUCCAGUGUCAGUGAGCACAGCCCCAACACCACUGAAGAAGAUUUGGACGAGUUCAACUCCAAGAUCUUUGAAGGCACCACCCUCUUCUAUGUCUCUGUCUUCCAGUACUUGACUGUUGCCAUUGUCUUCUGCAAAGGAAAGCCUUUCAGACGGCCAAGCUAUGAAAACAGGCCGUUUGUUUUGUCCUGCUUUGUUUUGUCUGCUUUUUUCUUGAUCAUCAUGCUGUUUCCCUUUCCCGCCGUGGACUACCAACUGAUGAUCUCUUGUAUUCCCUACGAAUGGCGCAUUACAAUCCUCAUCAUGGCUGUGGGACAUGUUGUUGUCUCUGUCACGCUGGAGAUUUUGAUCCAUGACAAUUUAUGGAGGAUUGUUAAAGCCAAACUAAGUGCAAAGCGCACCACCACAACACCCCCUGCUGACACCGAACAGACGGUGAGUGCAUGUAGUUGUGUCUCGGCCUUCCUCUCCUGGAUCAACUGUCGGAAAAACCGUCCCCCGAAGAGUAAAUACAAGCGUCUGGCUCUGGACCUGCAGGAGCAGGCUGACUGGCCUCCCGCACCUUCCACCAUCACCUAUGCCAGCAUGACUCAGCCUCUCUUCUCGGUCCCAUUUUAGAGCCAAACAUGUGUAAACAUCGAUAAAAACGAUGCAUCCUGAACAGGGACGUGCACAUACUUAUAGAGGGGCAGGGGCUCAAAGUCAGAAAAGGGCAGGAUUUUUUUUUUUUGGUCCUUCACACAAUAUGGAAAUGAAUGUAAAAUUAAAUUUGCUAAUAGGAAGCUGACUACUUAGCUGUGUGUCCUUUGUAGGUAAAAGUGAUUGCCAUUUCUUUUGUGUCAACAAAUUAUUGUCAUAAUGAGUUAAAGGGGAACAUUAUCACAAUUUCAAAAGGGUUAAAACCAAUAAAAAUCAGUUCCCAGUGGCUUAUUUUAUUUUUCGAAGUUAUUUUCAAAAUUUUACCCGUCCUGGAAUAUCCCUAAAAAAAGCUUUAAAGUGCCUGAUUUUCGCUAUCUUCGAAGCCACUGUCCAUUUUCCUGUGACGUCAUCCAGUGCUGCCAAUACAAACAAACAAUGGCGAAUAGCACAGCAAGAUAUAGCGACAUUAGCUCGGAUUCAGACUCGGAUUUCAGCGGCUUAAGCGAUUCAACAUAUUACGCAUGUGUUGAAACGGAUAGUUGGAGUAUGGAGGCAGAUAGCGAAAACGAAAUUGAAUAAGAAACUGAAGCUACUGAGCGAAUAGCUAUUAACGCUAUUCGGCCAUGUUUACCUUAGCAUCGCCGGUAAAAUGUACAGACCAACGAUUGGAAGUUUCGCAUCUUGUGACACUGGAUCAACUUAAAUCCGUUGAUUGGUAAGUGUUUGUUUGGCAUUAAAUGUGGGUGGAGGGAAACGCUGGAUGUAAAUAUAGUUUCAAAUGUACAUACAGCUAGCCUAAAUAGCAUGUUAGCAUUGAUUAGCUGGCAGUCUUCCCGCGACCAAAUAUGUCUGAUUAGCAUAUAAAUCAACAACAUCAACAAAACUCACCUUUGUGAUUUCUUUGACUUUAUCGUUGCAAAUGCAUCUGCAGGUUAUCCAUACAUCUCUGUGCCAUGUCUGCCUUAGCAUCGCCGGUAAAAUGUGCAGACACUCAAAUUCAAUGGGGGCCUGGCGGCAGAUUUCUUGCCACUUUCGCAUCUUCGGGCCAGUGGUGCAACUUGAAUCCCUCCCUGUUAGUGUUGUUACACCCUCCGACAACACACCGACGAGGCAUGAUGUCUCCAAGGUUCCAGAAAAUAGUCGAAAAAACGGAAAAUAACAGAGUUGAGACGCGGCGUUUGUAAUGUGUUUGAGAAAAUGAAAAUGGCGGCUUUUUUACCUAGGUGACGUCACGUACUGACGUCAUCGCUCCAAGAAGGCUAAACAGAAAGGCGUUUAAUUCGCCAAAAUUCACCCAUUUAGAGUUUGUAAAUCGGUUAAAAAAAUAUAUGGUCUUUUUUCUACAACACCAAGGUAUAUAUUGACCCUUACAUAGGUCUGGUGAUAAUGUUCCCCUUUAAGGGGCCGUGGAAGAGUGGCCGUGCGCAACCCGAGGGUCCCUGGUUCAAUCCCCACCUAGUACCAACCUCGUCACGUCCGUUGUGUCCUGAGCAAGACACUUCCCCCUUGCUCCUGAUGGGUGCUGGUUAGCGCCUUGCAUGGCAGCUCCCUCCAUCAGUGUGUGUGAAUGGGUGAAUGUGGAAGUAGGGUCAAAGCGCUUUGAGUACCUUGAAGGUAGAAAAGCGCUAUACAAAUACAACCCAUUUAUCAUUUAUUUAUUUAUUUAAAAUACUAGCUCAUAGAGGUGGCGGCAUAAUAAUAAUAAUAAUAAAGAAUAACAAUAAAACCUUAGAAAUUCAAUAGGGUCGUCCGUCCCAUAGGGACAUCGGUCCCUAAUAAAGAUUUCUACACAUAGAAGUAAUCAUCAACUUAAAGUGCCCUCUUUGGGGAUUGUACUAGAGAUCCAUUUGGAUUCAUGAACUUAAUUCUAAACAUUUCUCCACAAAAAAAAGAAAUCUUUAACAUCAAUAUUUAUGGAACAUGUCCACAAAAAAUCUAGCUGUCAACACUGAAUAUUGCAUUGUUGCAUUUCUUUUCACAGAACUUACAUUCAUAUUUUUUUUAAGUAUUAUUCAAUAAAUAU